AUGCUGGAACCGCUUAUUUUCUUCAGUAAGCUCGCGUUCCGACUGCCGUAUGCUUUGGGAAAAAGCUGGCUCAGUGGGAAGUAUCAAGAUUUCGAUAUAUGGAAGACGUUGACGAUUGUGUUUGUGAUGGAGUGUGCAAAUAGUCUCGAUCCGUGGACGUUGAAGUGGCUGGUGAACCCUCUGCUUAGCAUAGCCAAUCGGAUUGGAUUUUGGUGGCUAGGUGCAGGACAGACGUAUGGUCUGAUACGAUGGAUAUUUCAAGAACCAAAUGCACCAGUGUUGAUGUACGUUCAUGGAGGAGGAAUGUGUCUGGACAUGAUUCCUUGUAGUUUGGUGUAUUUGAGGCAUCUGAAGAAAGAGGUCGGUUGUCUGUCGAUAGCGUACGUGGAUUAUUCCUUAUGUGAGCGUUACCCCAAGGCUAUCGAGGAAGUAUGGAACGAAUAUCAGAAAUUGGUUUCGCAGGGACAUCGUGUUUGGCUGCUUGGCGAUUCAGCCGGCGGAAAUUUGUGUUUGAACGUGCUGCAGAGGUGCGUAGUGGAAGAAAGUGUCUUACCGGAAAAAUGCGUGGCGAUAAGUCCCUGGUUGAAUGUAACGAAAACGGAAUCGUUCGUGUCUCGGACCACCAGCGUUGAUUUUUUGACGUGGAACCAGCUGGCCAUGUUCAAGAACGUAUACGCACCCAAUGGCAACUACACAGAUCCGCACUUGAACCUAGAGACGAAUUUCGAUGUCGAAGCUUGGACUAAUGUUCUUGCGUCAACCAAAUUACUUAUACUUUGUGGUGAAGACGAAAUUCUGUAUCCGGAAAUCAUAAGGUUUGCACAAAAGCUACGGAACAUUGACUCUGAUCGUAUUGAGCUCGUUUCUCAGCCACGAGGCGUGCAUUGUGACACUAUGAUGUUCGAUUUACGGGCAUCUGAAGGCAACGCACGGUGUUUGGAAGAAACCAUUAAGUUUUUAGGACCAGAACUUUGA